AUAAAUAACAAAAAGCAGCAAUUUUAAUAUUGUUUUUGACGCAUAAUAUAAAUACUACUGAGCAUUCGCAAUAUCUGUGCAUCAGUCCGGUGUGCAAAAAAAAUCAAAACAACAACAAUAAUUUGCAAAUUUCAAGCGAAAACAAUACCAUAAUCCUGUUGCGUCCAACUGCAUACACAGCUUGCGCACAAUAAGCACAAAACUCAUGCGGUACUAAUAAUAUGCCCAGCAACUGCAGCAUCCAUAAAAAUUUACCUUCGCACACAGUAAUUAUAACGUAAAAGCAACUACCUACAAACAACUUUGUAAAGAUCUUUACAAGUAAAAAUAUACUUUAAUACUUUAGAAGCCGAAAUAAAAUUUAAAAUUCAAUAGAAAUUAACUAGACAUGCUGUGAAUUUUGUGCGAAAUAACGAAACAUAAAAAUUAUUCUCUCCGAUUUAUUAAUUAAUAAAAAACUUAAAAAAAGUGAAUUUAAUUUGUGUAAAAGCUAUAAAGAACAAGCGUCGAAACUGCUUAUAAUUUGUGAAAAACAACAACAACAGUGUCCAAGCACGCACGUGAGCUUCACGCAAACCAAGCAAAGCACCAACAAUCUCCCGCAGUCAUUCUAAAAAGGAUUAAAAGUGGAAGACAUAACGGCAAAAAUGGUUAAUAAACAAUAUACAGCCACCGAUUUGGAGGCUUUUAUGAAACUCGCCGUCAAUUGGCAGAACAGCAAUCACAACUUGCUGGAAGGAGUUGAUAUAAAAGGAGAAAUGCAACAGUAUAUGAACAGUCCAGCCAUGAAUAUGUAUAAAAAACGUGAACGCACACAGAAUUGGAAUCAUCAAGAGAAAAAAUUUCUGCUCGACUUGUGUCGGAAGGAUAUGCGUAUUAUAGAAAACAAAAGACUCGAUGCGGGACUGACGGCAGUGAAGAAUAAAGCCUGGAAGAUCAUACAUCAGAAAUUCUCAAGUCAAUUCGGAACAGAUCGUACGUGUAAUCGUUUGAAGGAGCAAUGGCGACGCAUGAAAGCCUGUACGCGUAACGAAAUAUUGGACUACAACAAUCGCUUGGCCAGAUUCGGUGCUGAGGUUGCCGAUCGCAAAAAGCCAUCACCGUUCACAUUCGAAGUGUGGGAAUUCAUGCAGGAGGCAAAGAAAGCCUGCAAAUCUGAAGCUUUAGAUGGCAUUGACUACUCCAAGAUACCGUUGGCGCUCGAGGAGGACUACGAGUAUCGCGAGGACGAACAGAAUGGCGAGGAUGACCAUGAUAUGGACGACAGCCGCACGCCACCACAGGAGCUCUGCGAUGUCGACAUCAAGGAGGAGACCAAUGAGACCUUCAACGACACCAACACACACAAUGAUUCAAUGGCGCUCGGUGAACGCUUAUCGUCCUCCUCGCCGAACCUCAGCCGCCUGGGUGCACACCACGACCUCGAACGCGUCAGCCUACACAGUCCAGCCGGCAAUAUGGCGACGGCCAGCGAACUCGCCAACUCCAGCUAUUUGUCACAGAACGGCGCUAGCGGUGGCGCCGCGGUCGGUGGCAGCGCCGGCGAUAUGGGCGCCUUCCAGCCCGCCUUCAAUAUGAGCAACAUCUCGGCUACCUUGGAAGCUUUGAAUGCGUUGCGUACCGGACAAUUCCCCUCAGCCGCUGCUGCUGCUGCCGCUGCCUUACAGAAUAAUUUCGCCGCCGCUGCCGCGCAACAACAACAGCACCAACAACUUAAUCAACAGCAACCACAACAACAACAAAUGUCACCUCGUGAUGAUCAGCCAUUGGUGAAACGUCCACGUAGCUCGAGUGGUAGCGCCAACGGUGAAGAGGUCUUACAUGAUUUAUCUAUGAAUGGCGCCGCUGCUGCCGCUGCCAAUGCCGCAACGGUUAACACAGCCAAUGCGCCCAUCAGCGCCAGCAAUGGUGUUGGCAUGAGUGCGUUGGGCGCGUCCGCUAGCAGCACGCCGGAGAUGCGCGCCUUCAUGGAGAUGCAGAGCAAAGAGCACCUGAUGCGCAUGAAGAUACUCGAAGUGCAGCUGCAGGCGGCCAAAUAUAAUCGCGAUCUGGUCGAGAUCAAUAAGACAUUGGCACUACAGAAGUUGCAGGAGCUAGCCAGCAAGCGCUUGACCAGCUAAGCUAGGCGCGUGUGAAUAACGGUGGGUGGAAAUUGUUGGGUAACAAAGUAUUUAACGGUAGUUUUUAUAAGCAUUGUUUGCGUGGAGAGGCAGCGGUAACCAAUGUACGUGUGGACAAGCUGGCGGCAGUUCGAUAAAGCGCUGGCGCACAAUUGUGUUACAUAACGGCGAUUUACUUUUUUUCAUUUAUUGAAUCAGUUGGAAAAAAUAAUAAUUAUAAUAGUUCGUAUUGCGUUUAUGUAUUUUUUUGUAUGGAAAUAACAUUCCCGUUAGCAGCAGUUUUGUAUUCAAAACCUAAUUUACUGUUUCAUCUUAGAAAUAAUUGCUCUUUCGUUUGUUACUGUGUUGCAUGUCACAAAUUUUGUAGAAAAACAAUGAAAUGAAUGAAAUAUAGCAAAAAAAAAAAGAAAUUGUUAAAAUAAAAUGUGAAAUCUUACUUAUUUCCUUUUUUGUAUUUUCUGCCAUAACAGUAUUUCAAAAUAGUAGUAGAACACAGCACAUAAAAGUAUUACACGAAGCACAAAUAUAGGAGGAAUCAUUUCGAUUCACAAGCAAUAGUUAGUUAACGCAAUAGCCCUACCUCAGUGGUCUAAACCUACAAACUACAACAAAAACAAAACGAAAUAGGAAACUUAUAAAAACAAUUAACAAUAAGCCAUAAUCGUCCAAACUUAUUAAGAAGGAAGUAACAGCUUUAUGUUAAACAACAAAAAUACAUGCAAACUGUUUCUGUUGCAUACUUUUGCGCGCCAAGUUAUAUACUUACUACUUUCGCAGCUUUUAAAGUAUACCUAGCGCUAUUGCACUCUAUUCUAUGUAUGCUGCACAAAUUUACUUUAUUUUUAUAUCUUACUUUUUGUAGUUGUAAAGGAGUUAGCUUCGAAGUACAGACAUACAUGCAGACACUUAUUGUAGCUGCGCUUAAAAAGCUCUUGGUUUUCAAAAGCUACUUACGGCACCUAAAAGCCGUGGCUUGUAAAUUAUAAUAAAAGCACGAAGAAGUUCCAAAAAAAAAAACAAAAAUACAUAAUGUUAAAAAUGUUAAAUAUAAAUUUUUUUGUUUAAAAAAUUGUAUACUUGCUCUUGCUCUAAGGCAAAUGGACACUUUUUAUUCAGUCACAAUUUAGAGCUGAUAUUGCGGAGAAAUAUAAAAACUUCUCAACUAUUUAGCACAAAUUUAUGGUUAAAACCGUUACAAUAUUUUUGAAAAUGGAAUUAUUAAGUAAUUUAACACUAUCCGAAAGCUCUAAAAGGUGCCAAAUGCAUAUUUAAAUAGUAUUUAAGAAACUUUGAAAGCUCCGCAUAAAGCUUUUCCUGCUAUUAACGUCUUAAGGAGUUAUACGAAAUGCAACUGUGUGUUGCAAAAGCAUAGCGUUAAUGAAAUAAAAGGUUUGAAAAUAUUUGUAUAUAGAAAACAUAAAAAGUAGCAAUUAGAAGAAAUAUUUUUGUACUUACAGACAUGUAAAAAAAACGUUGUAGCUUAGA